AACUUACCUUGUGUAUUCGCCACGAUUCAGAACCUGUUCGUGUGUAAACUGAAAACGUAUAACGUGUACAAAAUAUACGAUUUUUCUUUGGUCACAUCAGCACAAGGAAUUACGAAUAUGACGAGUGGUGAUUUUUCUCAGGUGACCCUCAUGAUCCAAUCCGGGUUUUUGGACAAACCACAUGACACGAAUGCAAGAGUGGUGGAUAGGAAAUAGACAUUUGUUAAUCUCUAAUGUAAAUAGGCUGGCUAAUAUUUGCAUAAAUGCUCAGAAUUAUUUACUUGAUAUACAUGUGUAACAUGUUUUCAUAAAUAAACAUUUGAGAUUUUGUCAGUAGUAAAAGCGUUGUUUUCCCGAUAGUAGUCUACUAUGGUUUCCUGAACUUGCACUGCUGUAGCCACGAGGCUGUGCUGUAUGGCAAAUUGAGCUGUUCAGAUCAACAGAAAAUGUCCCAGUUGAAAUUGAACCUUGUCAUAAUUACGCAUUAUACAUAGUUUUUUAAGUUAACGUGAUUAACAGAAGUCAUAAAAUGUCCUAUUACAUGAACAACUUAAGCCACGACAUUUAACAACAUGGAAAGAUGCAGUGUUUGUUGUUCCAGCUCAUACACCUCAAUGGUUCAAUAUUUCUUGAAUUAAAAUGUGGAAAAUUGUGAUGUAGCCAGCUAAUGUAAAUCUGAUGUAUGUGUGAAGACAAAUCUCCCAAGUACUUUUCUGCACAAAAGAUGCUUUAAACUGUUGAUUUAUUGUCACUAGAACUCUUCCUUACUUAAUUUAAACUGUUUUCUGUUAUUCUGAUCAUUUUCAUUCAGCAUUCACUAGAAACACCCAAAAAUAAGAAAAUUAAUGGUUUUAUUUAAACCGACAGUUGUUGUAAGACAGAAUAAAAGUUAGUGUCCAAGUGCUUUUAGAGAAUUACUGAAGGGAGUGUUAGAUGUGUAUAUUAAUUCUGUAUAUUGUAUAUACGUGUUCUUUAUUUAAUAAAUAAUUAAUAUGUGGAUUUUUAUGCUCCAGCACUCCUUGUGAACCUACAAGUGGGUGUAGAAAAUGGAUGGAUGGGUGUUUUGCAGCAUUGAUGAGGUGUGCCUGGGUAUCCACGCUGUGGCCCCUGUCAAAGCAAGCAUGCAACUCAGCGUUUUGCAUUGACAGCUGCACCAAAGCAAUCCUUUGAAUAUGUGCAGCUACAGAACAGUCUACUCUUCAAACAAAAGAAGGACCAUUGACAUCAUGCAUACACAUAGUGAAAAGUCGGACGCACCAGGGCCCCUGCCCUAACCAGUUCAAGUGUAUUUGUUUCAGGAACAGAGGAGGUAGCAUUUAAAAGAUUUUGCCACCAUCAACAAAAAAGGGCAACAGAGGUUGUCUAUUUCUCUUUUGCCUCUUAACAUCUCUCUCUCCCUCUCCACUCUCUCACUCCCUCUUUCCCCUGAGGAUAAGCAAAGAGGGAUUUGCCUCAGCAGCAACAAGUGUAUAUCUCCUUCCUGCUUAGUCGCAGCGUGUGUCAGGAUGUACAGCUUUAUGGGCGGCGGCCUGUUCUGUGCCAUUAUUGGGAACAUCCUAAUAGUGGUUUCCACAGCAACAGAUUAUUGGAUGCAGUAUCGCCUCUCAGGCAGCUAUGCCCACCAGGGCCUGUGGAGGUACUGCAUGGCCAACAAGUGCUACAUGCAGACAGCAAGUAUAGGUACUCCAAAGUUGUACCCCUGGUCUAAUAAGAUGGCAUCUGAGAUUACAGGAGCUGUACUCUGGUUCGUUCAAGCAUACUGGAAUGCCACACGAGCAUUCAUGAUCCUGUCGGGAAUGGCGUGCUUUGCGGGCAUCAUGGCAGGCAUCCUCUCAUUUGCCCAUUUUUCUGCCUUUGAGAGAUUCAGUCGUUCCUUUGCCGCAGGAAUCAUGUUUUUCAUCUCUACUCUGUUUGUGCUGCUGGCUAUGGCGAUCUACACUGGCGUAACCUUAAGCUUCCUGGGCAAGCGUUUCGGAGACUGGCGCUUCUCUUGGUCCUACAUACUGGGAUGGGUGGCCAUGCUCAUGACCUUCUUUGCAGGUAUAUUCUACAUGUGUGCCCACAGAAUGUAUGAAUCCAGGAGAGUGGUUGGAAGUCGCUAACCUGAAGAAGGAAAAACUGCAAGCAGCAGAAAGGUUGGGUUCAGAAAUCAUCAGGACCUUCAUCGGACCUUAAUGUUAGACCUUAAAAUUUUAAACUGCAAAAGUAAACGGACAAAUUAAUAGCUUAAAGGACUUUUUUACACAUGCACAUAUAUUUGUAUAAUUCUGCACAGAUAAAUAUACCAGUCUUCACAAAUGUUUAUUUCACUUUUCAUAAUUUUUUUUCAAUA